CUACCCCGUAGUCUAGUCAGAUCAGCUCAGAUCACGUGAUCAAACGUGAUUGCAAGUCAGCUGACCGCGAGUGUCAACGAAGAAAAAGAAUUGCAGUCGACGAAGAUACUCCACGUAAAAACACGGAAUUAAUUGAAAUUCAGACACUGUCAGAGAGAAGAUUAUUUUUUAACCUUCACUCACAGGCCUGGUUAUAGGGAGGCACCAGCAGGGCUGACUAAGACUUGAAGAUGGGAUCUUUGUUUAGAGGAGAGAAGAUGUGCUUGGCUCAGCUGUUUGUACAGUCUGAGGCAGCAUACUCGUGCGUAUCAGAAUUAGGAGAAUUGGGACUAGUCCAGUUCAGAGAUCUUAACCCUAAUGUGAGUGCCUUCCACCGGAAAUUUGUUAGUGAGGUACGUCGCUGUGAUGAAAUGGAACGAAAAAUACGUUACAUUGAGAAGGAAGUGAAGUUGGCUGGUGUCAAAAUUCAAGAGAAUCUUUCAUUCAUCCCAGCUCCUCUACCAAAGGCCAUGAUUGAUCUAGAGGCAGCUUGUGAGAAGACUGAGAAUGAGCUCCGUGAAGUAAACCAGAGCAAUGAAGUCCUUCAAAGAAACUAUUUAGAGCUGAAGGAACAUCAAUGUGUGUUGGAGAAUGCUAAGGAUUUCUUUGCACAUGUCCAUCUUCAUGAUGAAGGAGGUCAAUAUCAGAGACUUCUGGAUGAGGAAGUUGGUACAGGAUCUACUAGAGACAAUAACACUCUAGAUUUCAUUGCUGGGGUGAUAGAGAGAGAGCGUGUUCCAGCAUUUGAGCAGAUGUUAUGGAGAGUUUCAAGAGGGAAUGUCUUCCUUCGGUAUAGUGAGAUCCUUGAACCUUUCACUGAUCCAGUCACGGGCAAUGAGAUACACAAGUUCGUUUUCAUCUUGUUCUAUCAAGGAAGCCAGCUUGGUAUGAGAGUGAAGAGAAUCUGUGAAGGGUUCCGUGCUUCACAAUACCCAUGUCCAGAAGACUUUAAUGAAAGAAAUGAAAUGUCAACAGGGAUUGCAACUCGACUUCAAGAUCUACAAAUUGUUUUGGCUCAGAUGGAUGAUCAUCGUCAGCGAUUGCUUGCUUCUGCUGCAGUCAACUUAUCUUCUUGGUUUAUUAAAGUACGGAAGCUGAAGGCCAUCUAUCAUACCCUCAACAUGUUUAACUUUGAUGUGACAAGCCGAUGUCUGAUUGGUGAAUGUUGGUGUCCAGCCGAUGAACUGGGGGACAUUAGAUUGGCAUUGCAGCGUGGAACACAAAAGAGUGGCUCCUCCGUUCCAUCCAUCUUGAAUCGUAUCUCAACAAACGCCAGCCCUCCUACUUAUAACAAGACUAACAAGUUCACUCUAGGGUUUCAGGAGUUGACUGAUGCAUAUGGAGUAGCUACGUACAGGGAGGUUAAUCCUGCGCCCUUUGCCAUCAUUACGUUCCCAUUCCUGUUUGGCGUGAUGUUUGGUGAUGCAGGCCAUGGAUUACUCUUAGCAUUGUUUGGACUCUGGCUCAUUAUAAAGGAGAAGAAAUUGAAAUACAGCAUGGGCAAUGAUGAUAUGUUUGGACCAAUCUAUGCCGGGCGUUAUAUGAUCUUUUUGAUGGGUCUCUUCUCCAUGUAUGGUGGAUUGAUAUACAAUGAUUGCUUCUCAAAGUCACUCAACAUAUUUGGUUCUUCUUGGACAACCAAUGGAACUGAAUGCCUAAAAGACUUUGAUCCAGGAUCAACAAAGCAAGCAAUGCUAGAUCCCAAGUACUGUUACAGUGGUGUACCAUAUCCAUUUGGUCUUGAUCCUGUAUGGCAGAUUGCUCCAGGAAAUAAACUGAAUUUUAUCAACUCUCUGAAGAUGCGUCUCUCAGUUAUUCUUGGCAUUAUGCAGAUGACAUUUGGUGUUCUACUUAGCUCUGUUAAUCAUGUUAUCAAUGGCCAAGUGCAUCGUCUUUUCUUGGAGUUUAUACCACAGAUCAUCUUUAUGGUAGCCAUCUUUGGUUAUCUUGUCUUCCUCAUCUUCUUUAAAUGGUUUGCUUUUGGACCAAUGAACUCAGAUGUAGCCCCUAAUCUCAUCAAUGUACUCAUCUACAUGUUUCAGCUUCAAGUACCUGAUCCACCCAUGUACUCGCACCAAAAAUAUGUUCAGAUGAUUCUACUGGCAUUGUCAUUAGUAUGUGUACCUUGGAUGCUUCUAGGAACCCCUAUCUACCAUUAUAUCAAACACAGACGUGCUGAAAAAAUCAGAAGCAAUGGUUAUAUGCCUUUGCCAACUAGUGACUCUGUGAAUGUUGAUGGAGGUGAUUUUCAGGUAUUACAGCCUGUUCCUAAUGAUGAGAAUGAAGGUCCAUCUACAUCCAGUCUAUCACAGUCUUUUAAUGAUAGUGUCUUUGAAGAAUCACUUCAUGAAGAAGAAAAGUUUGACAUGGGUGAGAUCUUUACUUUACAAGCAAUCCAUACAAUUGAGUACUGCCUUGGUUGUGUAUCUAACACAGCAUCUUAUCUCCGUCUUUGGGCUCUCAGUCUAGCACAUGCAGAGUUAUCAGAAGUACUUUGGAAAAUGGUCAUGAAGAAUGGUUGGUUCCUGGAUUCCAUGUUUUCUGAUAAAAGCGAUGCCAUGGUGUAUGUGUCUGCUAUAGCCGGUGGAUUCAAUUUGUUUUUUGUAUUUGCUGCCUGGGCUGCUAUGACUGUUGCCAUACUGCUAAUGAUGGAGGGACUUUCAGCAUUCUUACACACAUUGCGAUUACAUUGGAUUGAAUUUCAGAACAAGUUCUACAAGGGAGAGGGUUAUGCCUUUAUUCCGUUCAGUCUUGCCAAUGUGGAAGCAGAUGAAUAGUAUAUUUUCUGGUUUAUACUCCAAUCUCAUCUACUUAAGGAUGUUACAGUUACACUUUAAUCUAGUCUCUCAUCAAAUCAGCUAAAAUUAAUUUGAUAAUUUUUCAAUGCUGUUUUUCACUUGUUUUAACCAUGAAUUAUACAUAUUUAUGGUGCAGUAUAUCAUUUAAUGAUGGGAAUGUCAUAUAUCAACACUCACAUGGUAUAUUUCAUGUCGUUCACUCCAUAAAUAUUCUAUGUAUCAUUUCUUAACAUGCUUGGUAUUACUUCAUACUUUUCUGCAUGGAAUUCAGUUUCAAGACUGAUUAAAGCCAAGUGAAAGUAACUGGUGUAGUAAUUGGCAAAUCACUUUGAAUUCUAAAUAUUUUUUUUUUUUAUAGUAGAUUUGUUACAUUGUUUUGAUUUUACAACAGAUAAGAUGAAAUACAAGAGCAAUAAUCAAAAGACCUGUAAAAGAAGUGCCAUAUUGCAUAUUAUCUUGAGAAUAUGUCACUAUUAGUCAGUCCAUUCCAUGAGCAAAUACGAUUAUUUGAAAAAUGAAGAAAGUACUGUUGUCACAUGACUGUGGAUGCAAAACAUAGGAAAGACACGGAGUAGAAAUGUAGCUUAAUUUCUAAAGAUCUAUUACAAUUGUUAAUGUAUCAUGUGUAUAUUAUUUGAAUCAGUUUUUGAGAGAUAGGAAUCAAUUCACUAUUUUUAGGAGAAAGACUAGGUGCUCCAAAAUAUUCCAUAUGUCUGCAGUCAUUUAGAAUUUGUGAAACAUUUCAAAUAUUUUUUAUUUGAAAUACAUGGUGAUUUUUCUUUCAUGAAAUUGUUUUGAAAUUAGCUGGAAUUAAUCUGAAAAUAUUGUAAAACUUGUAAAUGAUAUGAAUAUAACUCAGCAAAUUUUAUAUGAUUAAUUGAAUUGUCUAAUGAGGCAAACAAAUGUUUAUGUAGAUUUAUUUUCUCAUUGCCAUAGGUGAUCGGAUGUUGACAUACAUGUUACAUAUUAUCUUUUUUGUUUUGAUAUUUUAUAUUAAAUGCAUCUCAUAUAAUCAGGAUUAUUCAAUUUUUUUCUUGUAUCUCAAUGCGACACAUUCUCAAUAGCCUUGACUUUGAUCAUGUGACAUUUGUUCCUGUCUUCAUUUUUUUACAGACAAGGGUUUGUAGUUUACAUUUCGAUGAGGUUUUAGUUCAGAAUCAUUUGAUGAUUAUAACUUUGGUUGGGUUUGAGGUUAGGUUUAUCGUUUGUUUUGAUUUGCUAAUAAGAUUGUCUCAGAAGCAAAUACCUUGGAAUAGCUCAAUGAAAUGUUAAGUGUAUACAUCAAAGAAAUCCAAAUGAAGUUGUGUUUGUAUUACAGAAUAAAUAUACACUUCUAUUGUAAGUUUCAUGCAAUUGUAGACUAGUACUGUUGAAAGAAAUAAUAGGCAAUAAUUGGAAGAUGCAUGGGCUUUUCUUUUUAUUCUGAAUUCAGGUAGAAUUUUGUAAUAAGAAAUGGGAGUCAUAGCAAAGUCUACCUAGCAUAGUAGACACACUAAUGUAUGGAUGUCUAAUGUAGAUUUGUUAAAUUUGAAUUGUCAUUGAUGAUUAGAGAGAAUAAAUCUAAUUGUGUUCUUAUAUUUACAUUUAAAUGGCAGUACACCUAGAUCAUAAAAAAAAAAGAGUAUCACUUCAAAGGGAAUAAUUUUACUUUGCAUGAAGAGAGUUCUAAGCAAUUCAUCAUGUUUCCUAUUUUUCAGAGAUUUAUAAACAUUUACAAUUCAUUAUAUAUUAUUAGUUAGUACACAAUAUUACCAAACAUUAGUUGCAUAUUUCCAUGUAUCAGGUGAUAGAAUCUAAUGUAUUCUGUCAUCAUCAGAGAUGUGAUGUUGAUGUAUCCGUCAUUUUUUUUACUCUGAAUUUGAUAUUAUAGUAGAUUUAUUUGUUACUCACCAUAUAUAUUUUUGUUAAAUUUUCUAAUAUAUCUGUACCAGUACUAUUAAUAAUUAUUGUACACUGAUUGUAGCUUGCCAUUUCAUAUAUGAUAAGAUUGACCAAUGAUCAAGAAAUAAUGAAAAUUGUUCCUUCCAUACUUGUAUCCAGAUUCUGUGAUGUGAUCGUAUAACCAUAGAACUCUGAAGAGAUGGACAAUCAUUGCUUAGACAAUGAAAUCACUGACAGGUGACUCUUCUUGUCAUCUGAAUAACAUUCUCUUCAUACUUGUCUACUUUGGUCCUAUGAUCGUUACCAUGAGAAGGAGUUUGUAAUUGGAACUUCAUAUUUCACAGAUUGUAUGCGCAGUUGAUAAAUCACUUAAAUCAUGGAAAAUCGAUAUGCAGUUCUUGUUUACCUUUGGUAGUCUUAGUUUUAUGGUUUUAUUUGGGAAAAUGUCUGCAAUUUUAAUUUAAUUUAAAAUUCCAUUUUCCCAAGUUUUUCCAUAAUAUUCCAGAUUACGUGGCACACAAACCAGAAACAGGAUUUCAUACCUGCUUCUUCUAGAAAAAGAUUCUAAUGAAUCAUUAAAAAAAGGGAAUGUAUUGAAUUUACUGGUCAAAUUUGACGUCACACAUUCAUAACGUGCAACAUUCCUAACACUAUUAUUCAUUUUUCUGUUUUUACUAAAACUAAUUGUCAAAUGUGUUUCAGACACAUUCAUGAUCAGGGUGAAGUCCCCCUUGAAGCAUAAAAUUGUAUAUUUGUAUUUUUCCAGAUAUUUAGAGCAGUAUCUUAAAAUCAGGAUACAUUAUACAUCAUAAUAAUCAGCAUCAACUUUUAUUUAUUUGCCUUAAAAAAAGGACGUGAAAGACUCCUAAUUCUUCCAGGUAGAAAAAUGAUAAAAUUCAGAGGUGAUGCCAUUCGUAAUCAACAACCUUUAACAAGACUAUAUUCAGAUAGCCAGGAAUAUCUUUAUACAUUCUACAUAGAUUUGUCCUAAAAGUUAGUUUAUUCAUUGGGAGUAUAAUUCUAGAAAAAAAAGUUAUAUUAUGUUUUUGUGAUAUGAAUUUGAGUUGCUUCUUUGUCAGAUUAGUCAGUAUAUUGCAGUCAAUGUCUUAAGUAAAUAAAUGUUCAAUAUAUUGUGCCUUUUUAAAUUUUAUUUUUCAGUAAAGUCAAAGGUAUUGUACUUGAUUGCAAUAAAUAAUUCUGAAUUUAG